AUGAGCAAGCCCACCGUGCCGAAGCCCACCACAAAGUUCAUCGCCGACAUGCGUGAAAAGAACGCGCCCGUCGCCGAGAAAGCCUCCGAGGACCCUCCGGCGCCGGGUUGCUGCGGCUGCGCUUCGCCGUGCUGCUUCUCAACCCCCACGCUCACGGUCCUCGACGGCACUGAAGCCUUCGAGGCGGAGAAGUACCUCGGGAAGUGGUACCAGACGCAUGCCUCCGCGACCGUCAAGUACACCUUCGAGCUCGGCGGGAACGCAGUCACGGCCGAGUACAGCGAGACCGACGUCCCCAACAAGAUCUCCGUCGUCAACACCGUCCGCUGCUUCCCACGCCUCGGCGCCCUCUUCGGCAAGAUCGGCCUCGGCUGCCUCUUCUCUGGCAUCAAAAUCAGCGGCUCUGCGGUGGGGACGCCGACCAAGGACGGGGUUUUCAGCGUCGGCUUCUUCCAGUGCUGCAGCACGCCCUCGUUUGAGCCUCCCGGCAACUACUGGAUCCUGAAGCUGGGGCCGGUGAAGGAAGGCCUCUACUCGUGGGCCGUCGUCUCCAACGACACCGGCUCGCAGCUGUACAUCCUCUGCCGUGACGUCCCCUCCUUCGUCGGCAGCGAGGCCGAGGCCGAAGCGCUGGCCUACGCCAAGGAGAAGGGCUUCACGGGCUGCUGCAACAAGCCGCUCCGCACCAACCAGCUCAACCCGCCGCCCUACUGA